AUGACUCUCAAAUACCUCAUAACAGGCGCCACAGGCGGUCUCGGCAGCCAAGUCCUCAAACACCUCUCCAACCAUCUUCCCUCAUCCGACUAUGCCGCUGCUUCUUCCAACGAAGCCAGUCGUGCCCAAUUCGAAAAAGCCGGAAUCACAUUCCGACUCGCUAACUUCGACGACCCCGCAACACUAGAGGCAGCAUUCGCAGAUGUUGAGAAUCUGUAUUUCGUGAGUACGAAUACAUUCGAUAAUGCGCGACGGACGGUGCAGCAUCGGAAUGUUAUCGAGGCUGCGAAGAGGGUUGGCGUGAGACAUGUAUGGUAUACAUCUCUCGCAUUCGGUGGUCUCGGCUCAGACUCGAAGAUGUCUGUUCAACAAGCACAUUUGGAGACUGAGAAGAUGCUGAAAGAAGCAGGAAUAACAUACACCUCCAUCCGCGAAGGCAUCUACGCCGACGCAUUCCCACUCUUCCUGCAAUGGUACCCAACAAUCGAAACAAUCAUCCUCCCUUCCGACGGGGUGAUUACAUAUACCUCUCGCGACGAACUAGGCGAAGCAAACGCCAAACUGCUCCUAAAAGGAGGACACGAGAAUGAAAUCAUCCUGCUUACCGCUAACGAACCCCUGACCGGCGGGGAGAUAAUUAAAAUCAUCAACGAGACAACCGGUCGAAAUGUGAAAUUGCAACUGGUUUCUCCAGAAGAGUAUAUCAAAUACCAUACCGAAAACGACAUCGGCAAAAAACCCGAGUCGUUUUGGCAGCAGCGGAUUUCUUGGUUUGAGGGUAUUGCGAAAGGGGAUGCAGAUUUGAAAAAUCCGUUGAUGAGGGAGGUUUUGGGUAGAGAGCCCAAGACGGGGAGUCAGUUGAUUCGGGAGCUUUUGACGGAAAAUCGGGAUUAUACGUGGCAUCAGAAUUAUAUUGAUAAGGCUCAGUAUGAGGCUACGUUGAAGAAGGAGCAUCGCAAUGGGAAAUAG